GAUAUCGUUAGACUUUGAGAUCUAGAAAAUUUAAAACAAUUAAUAUCUAAUUCACUUUAAAAUCAGUGUAAAUUGAAAAUAAUUAUAACCAUGGGCUUAGAUAUUAUAGGAUUCGCAUACGCAGCAACCGUAGCCGCUGGUGGGGUAAUGGGCUAUGCUAAAGCAGGCUCCAUACCAUCACUUGGAGCAGGCAUCAUUUUUGGAUCAAUCUUAGGUGUUGGAGCUUAUCAGUUGAGCCAGGAUCCUUCUAACUACACUUUAACAUUAGGAACAACAACAGCUUUAGGUGGCCUUAUGGGAUACAGAUACUACAAUAGCAGAAAGUUCAUGCCAGCAGGUCUAAUGUUCUGUCUCUCAGUCGGAAUGUUCACUAAACUCUUGCUCAAGAACGUUGGUGCCAGCAGAAUGCCUAUAAAGAGUGGUUAGACUUAACUUAUAUAUGUACACUGUAGCAAUUUUCGUUUUUAUUUCGGUAUUGGU